UAUUUCACAUGUAACUGCACCUUGUAAAGGUAAAGAAGUAACUUUGGUAGAAAUAUGGCGUCAAUACCCACCACCUACAAUGAGAAGGAUAACACCUGGAGUGGUGCACAACGUAGCUCCAUUUUUGGCUACGACAUUUCUGUGGGCAAAAUCAUUUUCAGCACCAUGAAAAAUUGGCCGAAAAACGUCUGUCAGAUUAACGACGCUGACGGCGUAUCAGUGACAAAUGCACAGGGUAUUACUUGGGCCGUACGUAUAGCCCAGUAUUUGAAACAACGAGGACUUAAUCAUAAGGAUGUUAUUGGUAUUGCUGCUAAGAAUACCACCUACCUUAUGCCCUUGGGAGUCGCCUGUCUAAUGAAUGCCACACCGUUCCACUCCGUAAAUCCCAUGCUAGACGAGGAAACUAUCAAAUAUGUUUUUGAAAUAACCAAGCCAAUGCUAAUAUUUUGUGAUGGACAUGAUUAUGAGAAGAUACAUUCGGCUACCCGAGGCUGGCAUCCUGAAAUAUAUACACUGAUCGAUCCUAUUGAGGGUGUUCCCAAGAUAGAGACCCUUCUAGAUCCUACAACAACUGAAAUGUUCUAUCAACCGGAAACUCUAAAGACUGGUGGAGAUCAAACAGUGGCGAUUUUGUGCUCUUCUGGAACCACAGGAUUACCGAAAGCUGUCUGCAUAUCAAAUAGUAUACUUAUACAGGAGAAUAUGCUCGUGUCUAGUGAAUCGAUUAUUUUUACAUCGAGUUCUUUGGAUUGGAUUACUGGUCUUUGGGCUUUUAUAUUCAGUACAGUAUUUGGCUGUACUCGAAUCAUAACAAAUAAACCCUUCAGUCCAGAAUACUUUGUGCAGAUGGUGAAGAAGUACAAGAUCAACUACGCCGUGGUACCUCCCAGACAUCUUUCUGCCUUGAUCACAUGUCCAGAUGCCACGUCAGAGGCUCUUUCUCCGAUUCGAAUGCUUAACUAUGGUGGAGGUUUAGUGACUUUAACCACUUUGCAGCGUGCCCAGGAAAUUUGCAAGUCUGCAAUGCUAAAUUCUGGGUACGGAAUGACGGAAGUAGGUGCUAUAACAGUUAACAUUGGUAUCAGCAAUAACACCGCAGCUGGAAGACUUUUGCCGGGCAUUAAAAUCCGAAUUGUCGAUGAGGACGCCAGGAGCGUGAGUCAUAAUAAGGUCGGAGAAAUUUAUGUACACACUGGACAGGCUUGGAAUGGUUACUACGGUAAUCCAGUGGAAACCCGACGCAUGCAAGACUUUGAGGGUUGGUUCCACACCGGUGACCUGGGUUACUUUGAUGAUCAGAACUUCCUAUACAUUGUCGAUCGCAAGAAGGAGAUCCUCAAGUACCAGGGUCUGCACUAUUGGCCCACAGAAAUCGAGACAGUCAUUGCAGAGCUUCCGCAGGUGCAGGACGUUUGUGUUGUGGGAAUCUAUGAUGAACGUCAAGGCGAUGCAGCUGGUGCUUUGGUAGUCAAGCGCCAAGGAUGUGAGAUCAGUGGCAAGGAAAUUAUUGAUCAUGUAGCCAAGCGAUUGACAGGCCUGCAAAAGCAACUCCACUCCGGAGUUCGAUUCACGGAUAAGUUGCCCGCAAACGUUAAUGGAAAGACCCUACGUAAGGCUGCGCGGGAAGUAUUUGCCUCUCAAAAUGGAACCAGCAAAUAAUUGUUAGUUAUUUUAAGCUCUAAUGUUCUUACUAAGUUCAUAAAUAAAUAUAUAUUACACUUGAAUGGAA